UGUCAACAUCUUGUCUAUAAAGCUGUACUGAGUUCAAAACGAUUAAAUGGUACGGUUGAGAAAACGAGUAACGGUUAAUUCACAUGUGCUGGGUGGGUACGUUUUUGACAUGAAAUUAAGUUAAUUUUAAUGCUAUAUGACCUCAUAGUUUUCCAAAAUAAAUACGUUUGUCAGUAAAGUCCUUCUGUUGACAUUUUUGGCUGUUUCAAAUUCAAAGCAAAAAUUUGCUUGCAUUGCUUCAUUUAAACCUCGUUGCUAACUCUGUGCAAAGCUACAAACAUGGACACCAUGAUUUACCUGGAUCAGGAAAAUGGCAUACUGACCACUCCAGCCAUCAAAUCUCGUCAGAUCAGACUACACUCUGCUCCAGAUCAGUGCUUGAGAACACCACUGACAAGCAAGGUACAUAUUGGAGCGCCUCUGCAAUCCAGCCGAAAAGCUUUGGGAGUCAUAAAUAAAAUUGUUGCCACCCCAGUCGUCUCUCAUAAAGCAGAAGAUAAAUGUAAACCUGCUGAAGCCAAGCAGUGUAAAGUGCACCUUCAGCCUGCUGGAGCAGAGUAUCCAGAGAUUGAGAAGUUCUUCCCAUACAAUCCAAGUGAAUUUGAGACCUCCUGGGUUCCAGAGGAAGUCUACCUCAGUCGUUUCUCACUGGCUGGUUUGGCAAAACAGCCAUGGCCAACUGCCUCACAUGUGGAAGAGCUUAUACUUGAACCAUGUUUGUCACUCUCACCUUUAAAGAUGCCCAAAGCUGUGGAAUAUGUUGAUGAAGUGGGGGCCUUCCUACAGACAAUCAAUGAGCUGACUGUUGACUUGCCCCCUGAGUGUGAAUUCUGAGUUGACUUUUCUUAUUGCCCAUUUUUACUUUGUACUGUUUUUAAAGUUGUAUUAAAGUUGAUUGUUCAAAGGCAUCUGUUAUUUUGAUUCUAAAAGGACUUGGCAUUUUAAAUGAGAAGGAAUAACCUUCUUGACAGGUCAAAAUGUUUGUUCCUUGAUCUUUAUUUUUCAUGUUAUGACAAAGUUC